AUGAACACGAAGAACAACGUCGUUGAAGAUGUGUCACCAUUCUUUGUCUUCGAAUCGUCUGCAGAUUCCGAGACCCACGAAGAACGUAGGCAACAUGGAAAUGCCAAUGAUGACAAAGGUUAUGGAGAUUAUGGAAACGAUGCUGAGUCAACGAGUCAAAGGACGAUUGGGGCAACGGGGUAUGACUCGGUGGAGAUGGAUGAAGAAGAAGAGGUAGUCGUCGGAGAGAAAGAGGAGCACGAUGACGUAGAGGUGAAUAGUUAUCGGAGGAAAGAAAGUGAAAAUCUGACCGUUGAUCGGUCUUCGACGGGAAAUGAUGAGAAGUUGAUUAGGGAGAUGGAAAAAAGUCGAAUGUUUUGGGAAGCUUGUUUGUCUUCAUAA